AUGGCUUCUUCACCUGAGUGUAUAACCUGGAUGGUUGUGGGUCUGACUGAGUCUGUCGCCAUAAUAACACUGAAUUCUUUGACAGUGAUUGCAUUUUGUAGAGAUCGUAAUCUUCGUAAACGAUCCACAUACUUGGUGAUAAACUUGGCAGUUGCAGACAUGAUAUCCGGGGGAACUUCUACACUCGACCUCUUCUAUAAUGUUGGAGCGAUAUGUAACUUUUGGAGGUACAAUACACUGUCUUGGUAUCAGAUACCACAGGUCUUACAUCUCUGGUUUCCUAUUGUUUCGUUAACGAAUAUGACUGUUAUUUCUCUAGAACGCCUGAAUGCAACGUUUUGGCCCUUCAGACAUCGUACGAUCAAAAAGUCAGUCUACUGGGUUCUUAUCGUGGCUAUCUGGUUGACAGCACUACUCUUUUCAUGUGCGAUAAUAAUGAUUCAAUACUAUACACGUAAAUGGGACUAUUAUUACUAUGCAUGGAGUUCAUUCAUCUUCAUUUGUCUUUUGGUUAUUUGUGUCUCUUACGUUUUUAUUUUUGUCAAGCUUCGCUUUGGAAAUCAGCCUCGACACCAUGGCGCGGCAAAUAGGGAAAGGAAACUGACCGUUGCGUUCUUCACCGCGACUUCUCUCUCUCUCCUAUUGUGGCUGCCUUAUGUUAUAACUAGUUCUCUUUAUUUUGCUACUGACAUUUUCAGUUCUUUGUCUGAAAUAGCGCUUUUCCGUUUGCAAGGUGGUUCAAUUGUCUUGCUUUACGCAAACUCUUUUUUGAAUCCGAUAUUGUAUUCUAUGAGAAUACCAGAUUUUAGGCGAGCUUUAAAGAUGUUAUGUCGCCAACGACCACACAGACGGGUUCAGAUCUUUCCCUUCCGGGAGAUUAACCCACAAAAUUGA